AUGCUAGCGAUCCGAGCGCUUCGCCGCUGCGCAUACCGCACAGUGACGCUACACAACAGUCCACUUUUCACAUGGACGCAUGAAUUAGCUGGACGUAACCAACAGCGGAAUCGGUCGUUUUCUAGCGAUGGCAUGCAAGCCUUCCUGGAGCUCGAGCGAGAACUGACCAGAAAGCGCCGACAGCCAGACCCGAAAGUUGUGUCGACAGGUCCCUUGACGCCUCCAGAUGAGCCGGACGAAGACGAGUGCUGCCACUUGGACUGUCCUAACUGCGUGCACCUGAUCUACCAGGAGAAAUUGCUGGAGUACGAACUGAGUUUACAGUUUCAGGAAAGGAGAGAGGUGCCGGUGGUUCCUUUGUCUGUGCACAGCUUGUCCUUUUACGCGAGCCAGGACAGUGAUGAGGAUGUACGUCAAAGACUAUUGAAAGAAUCUGGUCGAUCACUACUGGAGGUCGUGGCAAAUGAUGUAAUCAGCGGGCCUUAUCAAACAGCAGACGGUGCGAGGCGGUCAGUACGCCAUAUUGACCUCUGCAUGCGUGGCGAGCAACAAGAGCAAGUUGGUGAGCAGGCGUCCAACAUUGGCGUAUAUGUACCAAACGAUCUAUCGGUCGUAGAGCGCAUGCUCGCUCAUUUGCAUGUUGAGGAUCCCAAAUUGGUUUACGCUGCCGAAUUGUCAGUCGAUCUCGCAAAAUCCAGCCAGCAGCAGAACACGCUGCAGCAUCAAGGACUUCAACAGUGCCCAUUUGCCAACAUUGGAACGGUGCGUGAUGCACUCACGUGGACUUUUGACCUCGUUUCGACUCCAAGCUCGAGGUUUCUUCGCAGCCUUGCCGCGUACGCUUCAAACGAUGACGACAUUGCUGCGUUGAUAACACUCCAAGUAGCAGAAGCUAUCUACGCUGAACGGCCGCAUAAGCACGUCACCAUCGCCGACAUUUUAGACCGCUUUCCGUCUGUUCAACUGAGCUUCGCAGAUUUUUUCCAGAUCGCGCCACCGAACUAUCCACGAUUUUACACGGUCUCCUCGUCACGGCGACUUGUUCCUGAUGUGGUUUCCAUCACACUCGGACUUUGUGAAACGGAUGGGCUGCCGUUGCCACGUUGUUCCAGCUACCUUGCAAAGCUGGAGCAAGGAAAAUCUGUUCGCGCAUCGUUCCACCGGUCGUCUUUUGUAUUCCCCUUUCACGAUCAUCGUCCUAUCAUGCUUAUUAGCGCAGGUACCGGGAUUGCGCCAUUCCGAGCGUUUCUGCAGGACCUAGAGCAUGAAGCUGCUACGUCACCACACGGGCACCGACCAGCCUACCUCUUUUAUGGAUGCCGUAAUGCAGAUGUGGACUUUCUGUACGCUGAGGAAUUACAGCGUGCACGAGACUGUGGAGUGCUCGAUGAAUUGCACGUAGCAUUUUCGGCUGAUAGUGACCACCCGAAGCAGCAUGUUCAAGAUGCUUUGAUCGAUCAGAGCAAGCUCGUGGUGCGGCAUUUGCUUGAAGAUGAGGGCUACAUCUACGUGUGCGGCAGCCAGGCCAUGAGCCGCGCCGUGAAGAAGGCGAUUGUCGCAGCCAUCUGUAUGCAUCCCGAGUAUCUGGACAGUGCGAUUGCAACACAAGUAGACGCCGAGCGGGUCGUAGCGCAGAAGAUAGCAGAGCAUGUCAUCGUUACAGAGCUCUGGUAG